AUGACGCCACUGGUUAGAGCCAAGGGUACCCAUAGUGGUCUUUACAUCUUAACUGGAACUCUUCCGUCAUUCAAAAGCAAAAGGGAUGAGUUUCCAUACCGUCGCGUUAACGCCGUUUUCAGUCAAGGACAUACUUCAGCUGGACCUUUAUCACACAUCUGAGGACCGGCUCCUGCUGUCUGCUCGUGCCGCCUCCAUGCCCCGUUUGGACGUCGCCCGACCGGAAGGCGCGCUCGCCAGGCUGGAGAGUGAUUGCGGGGAUCAGCUCGUUUCGGGGACGCCGUGGAAACGCACCGGGAACCUCGAUACCCGGAGAACCCUGUUGUUACCAGAAGUUAAAGCUAAUGACCGGGAAACAAGCGGCCACUACAUUUCUCCUCGCCCCGUGAAGCCCAAGGCCGCACCGCCACCACGGCCUCGCGUUCUGUUCUCCGCGGCUCAGGUGGCGCAGCUGGAGCAGCGCUUCACGCAGCAGCGCUACCUCUGCGCGGAGCAGCGGAACGUCCUGGCGCACCUGCUGGAGCUGACGUCCACGCAGGUCAAGAUAUGGUUUCAGAACAGGAGGUACAAAUGCAAGCGGCAACGGCAAGACCAGUCGUUGGAGCUAGCGGGCUACCCGGCCCUCUCACACCCCCCGAGGAGAGUGUCGGUCCCGGUGUUGGUCCGGGACGGGCAGCUCGUCUGCCAGGCCGCAGGGGCCCGUGCAGCGGCAGGGCAGAGCGGUGGGGCCCUCGGUCCCUCCGGUCCCGGCUGUGGAUAUUACCGCCACUCCGACGCCUUGUACGGCUACAACAACAACAACAACAACAACAACGUGUCUGUCGCUUGUCUCACCCACCUAACCGCCGCUCAGACGGCUGACCGUCACCCGGCUGACCUGGGCCUGAUGGACACUCGUUACGGACCUUCCAACGGGACGUUCAGCUUCGGACACAUUCAGCCGUCAAGAGGUUGGCUCGAUUAGAAUGAGUUCAU